CUCAAUUGAUGCUGAGACAAGCUGUCGACUCUUCUCUCGUCGCCCUUCAAGGACCUGGGUGAUUGACGCAAAUCUUCCGUAAGCUGACCACUGGACCCGACCCACUGAAAUAUCAGAUCACCGGAGAGAUGCCAAUUGUUGCGCCUGUGGGCAGGGAGGAGAAGCAAGAGGAUCUGGAAAAGAAGGAGGAGGAGGAGGAGCAAGAGGAGGAGCAGGAGGACAAGAAGGAGGACAAGGAGAAGACCGGUAACUAUUCAGAGUGUUUGGUCGUUCAAGAUGAUACACCAGGUAAAACCUGAUUGAAAUCUACUGAGAUCUGGAGAGUGAGGAUGAAUUGUGUCUUAUUGGAGCAAUGUAUAAAAGGCAAUAAAAAAGUGAUUCCAACCAUCAUUUCAUUCACUUCCAUCGGAGAAGCAACAACAUCAUCACCACCAUCAUCAUCAACAAUCCUCUAUUUACUCUCCAUAUACCACCGCCCUCCCAUCAAUCUACCACCCAACAAAUACCAUGAAACAAUUUAUUGCCUUCAUUACCUUGGCCGUGACUCUUGGGUCUGGUGCUCACAUUCGAUAUGUGAGAGACUCGGGCUCAUAUGCUGAUGCAGGUGCCAACUCCCGAUCUGGUCUCACCGUGGCGCCUGCCGAGCCAAUUGCCAUUGUCCGAUCUGUCUUUAAUGGUCCCACUGGCGAUAAUCCAGAUUUUGAUUUCUCCUAUGAGGCCGAAAAUGGUAUCAAGCAGGAAACAACUGGUUCCAUGAAAGAGGUCGACGGUGCUGAGGUGAUGGUCAUGAGGGGUAGCUAUAGCUACAUCGAUGAGAAUGGAGAUGAUGUGCUUGUGACUUGGGAAGCUGAUGAGAAUGGUUACCGGGCCAAGUCGGAUAUCCUUCCUAUUGCUCCUGAGAUUCCAUUCGAGGACCAAGCUAUCGCCGUGGCCGCUCAAAUUCGAUUUGCUCAAGAGGAACUAGCCCGUAAUGCCAAUUCUGCCUCUCAGGAGGAUUAUUCAGGUGCCAGCUCUCAACAAUCUCAAACAUUUGCGGCUCGAACCACCACCAACUACGGAGCUGCCCCAACCCCUGUGAUCUCACCUGCACCCGCCUCCACUGCCGCCCCCUUCCGUGCUUCUGCUCCUGCAUCAAGCGGUUAUACGUCUGGUAACGCCGUUGAGGACAUCCCCACUUAUGAAUCCAAGCCCGUGGUCCAAGAAGUCCGUUUUGUCGAAGUAGCUCAACCUCGUCGCCAGUAUGAGCCCGUCGUAGAGGAAACCCGAGCCGUUGAGCCUGAACCCUUAAACCGAUACCAAUCGCAAUCUCAGGUCACCAAUGGCCGCUCCACCCGCACCUUUGGAAAUGAGCGUGUGUCCCCCGUUCAAGCCAAAUCCCGUUCGCAACCCGAUUACAUUCGAUACCUCCUCGAAUAAGCAGCACCACGACGACUGGUUCCUCACUCAAAACGAAAGAAAAGAUAUUCGUUCACACAAUGCAAGAUCCGCUUAUAACACUGCAAACGUCUUAUUUAUCUACUAUGUAUUUAUCCAGAAAUGCAAAUAAAGUAUCAAUGCAAAGUUAA